UGCCAUUUUUUAUUUAAUGUUCAAUGAUCUUGAAAUUUAUUUUAUUUGAAGUGUUUCAGUAACAUAAUUUAUUUACAAAUUUUUGUUUUUUUAAUUGAUUCUUGUAUUUCAUUUGGGUGGUAGUAGCAUAUUCUGCACACAAACAACAAACAAACAAACAAUUUCUAAAUUAACGGAUUAAAAAAAUUAUUAUCGUUUAAAUAACACACACACCCAUUUGUUUAAUCCGUUUGUUCGUAAACCGAUUCACGAUUCCGAUAAACGUUCCAUUAGAUUCUCUGUGAUUAUUCUCUUUCUCUCUCCGGCUCAUAAUUUUUCUUUGUUGUUGUUAUUGUUAUCAGCAAUAAUUGAAUUGAUGUGCACAAAUUCGUGUUUGUAAAUCAUAAAAUUUUAAAAUCUUAAAAAAUUUCAGAAAUAAACAAAAACAUCAUCAUCAUCGUUCACCGUUAACAACAAGAAAAACAUGUUUGCCAUAUUUCAACGUUUUUUAGAUUGGCUACGAAGCCUUUUCUGGAAGGAAGAGCUUGAAUUAACACUAGUCGGCCUACAGUAUUCGGGCAAAUCAACAUUUGUCAGUGUAAUUGCUACUGGUCAAUUUUCUGAAGAUAUGAUACCAACGGUUGGGUUCAAUAUGAGAAAAGUGACGAAAGGAAAUGUUUCGAUUAAAAUCUGGGAUAUAGGUGGACAGCCAAGAUUUCGUUCAAUGUGGGAAAAAUAUUGUCGUGGUGUACAAGCAAUCAUCUAUAUGGUUGAUGCAGCUGAUCAUAGUAAAAUUGAUGCAUCAAAAACUGAACUACAUGGAUUAUUAUCUAAACCACAAUUAGAAGGUAUACCCGUAUUAGUACUUGGCAAUAAAAAAGAUUUAUCUGGAGCAUUGGAUGAAAAACAAUUGAUUGAUCAAAUGGAUUUAGGAUCGAUUCCAGAUCGUGAAAUUUGUUGCUAUUCAAUAUCCUGUAAAGAUAAAACUAAUAUCGAUAUCACUUUACAAUGGUUGAUUAAUCAUUCAAAAUCAUCACGAUGAUUUAUGGAAUGAAUGAAAAAUUCAUUCACGAAAACGAUAAAUGUUAACAAG